AUGGGGCUCAAUACGGCUUCGGCGGCAGCCGCCGCCGUCAUUGCUCUGCUGUUCGUUUAUCUGUACAGGGUGAAUCGGGCCAUGAAGAAUGUACCAGAAGAGGCGCAGACAUGGCGUGGCCGCCCGUGGACGGAGCAGGAGAUCAAAGAGACAUACGAGAGGAUGAGCAGUCAGCCGAUUGAUUUUGCCAAAGUCCUGCCGCCGAAGUUGGACAGGAGGUACAUUGUAUGCGGCGGGUCAGGUCUGGUUGGGGGCAACAUUGUUCUCAACCUCCUCUCUCGGGGCCAGCCCCCCUCAUCUGUGCGCAUCCUGGACUUUAGCAAGCCCUCUAGGUCCGACAUGACCCACGGCCAGGUCGCCGCCGUCGACUACGUGAAGACGGACAUUACGGAUCCGGCCUCGGUCGAGGCAGCCUUCGCCAAGCCCUGGCCCAGCGACGUCGCGCGCCUCCCCCUGACCGUGUUCCACACCGUGGCGGCGAUCCGCCCGGGCGAGCGCUCGCUGCUGCUCUGGGAGCGCACAAGCCGCGUCAACAUCGACGGGACGAAGAACGUCCUCGCGGCCGCCAAGGCCGCCGGCGCGGACAUCUUUGUCGCCACCUCGUCCGCGUCGGUGUCGCUGCGCCCCGCGCGCUUCCUCAUCCCGCCGUGGCGGUCCCAGCCGCACGGGUACUACCAGGUCUGCGACGAGCGCGACUUCGACAAGCCGCUCAGGCCGCACGGGGAAUUCUUCUCCAACUACGCGUACUCCAAGGCCGUCGCCGAGCGGGAAGUUUGCGCCGCCCUGGAGCCGGGGUUCCGGACGGGUUGCAUCCGGCCGGGGAACGGCAUCUACGGCCAGCCCACGGACGUGAUCUGCGGCAGCAUGCUGAGACAGCAGAAGGUGGCCAGCUUCACGCCCCACAUCAUCCAGAUGCAGGUGAGCGGGUGGAACGUGUCGCUCGCGCACCUGGCCUUCGAGGCGGCCCUGGCGGCGGAGGAGCGCUCGCCCCUGCCCAAGUGCGCGGGCCGGCCGUACGUCGUCACGGACACCGGGCGGGCGAUACAGUGGACCGACUUCUUCCGCGCCGCGCGGCAGCUGGCCGUCACGCCCAUGGAGGUCACGACGCUCGCGCCCCUGCCGCUCUACCUGAUCGCGCACCUGGUCGAAGGCUGGUCCCUCCUGCUGGCGAGGGCGCCGUUUCUCACGAGGCUGGGUCUACGCGAGCCCAAGGGCCCGGCGAGGGAUCUGCAGCCGUCGAUCUUCACGCCUGCCGCCUUCAUCAUGGUGGUGGACGAGCAGGCGAGGAAGACGGUCGAGGACGGGGGGCUUGGAUACAAGGGGCUCUGCACCACCCUCGAGGGCGUUUGUGACCAGAUCUGGCGGUGGAAUCAAGAGCAUGAGAGCGAGGCAGGUGACGUUGCAAGAAAGAGCAUCCUAGAAGCUGACAUUGUGGAGACACACGUUGCUGCUUAG